AUCAUGACAAUUUUCAUUUUUGGUAGAAUUAACAGGAAUACUUGUUUUAACAUCAUAAUUUUGCAGAUGUUACAUUUAAUUAAACAGAAGAAACAUCCAGGAAAUGCUGUGGUUUGCUGUGUAAAGGGAGGCUUGCCCUUUUACAUUGAGUAGUUUAAAAGUCAGUGACACAUUUUCAGUGUUCCACAAGCACAAUGACUGGCUUCACUGCUAUUCUGUUCGCCACAGCUGUGACCACACUGCACAUCACAGUUGUGGUUGGAGAUGACAUAAUCAAUGGGAAAAAAGCUUCAAAAAAUUCCUUGCAAUACAUGGUCUCAGUACAGAACAAUAAAAAACAUGACUGUGGAGGAUUUCUGAUAAAUCCUCAAUAUGUGCUCACAGCUGCACACUGUGCAAGUAAAGAGAUGACUGUCGUUGUUGGUGACCAUAAUAUUUCUCCAAGGAAAAAUCUAAAAAGAUUUGAUGUUGUUCGCCAAUUUAUACCAAAAACAUUUAAAAACUUUAAGAUGGGUAAUGACAUCAUGCUUCUAAAGAUUUCCAGGAAAGCAGUUUUGGGAGGAAAGGUGAAGACGGUGAAAAUCCCACAUCAACAUUACAGUGUUAAAAACAAUACCCAGUGCUUGGUUGCUGGAUGGGGUUCUACUAAACAGCGUGAAAAAGUUAAUGACCUUUUUGCCUUGAAUGUAACAACUGUUGACAUCCACGACUGCAAGGAAGCGUGGAAGAAAUACAAAGAAAACAUCACACAACUUCCACCAAACAUCAUCUGUGCUGGAGGAUAUAAACAGAACAGAGGAGUGUGCUCGGGUGAUUCUGGAGGCCCGUUGGUGUGCAAUUCAGUGGCAGUGGGCAUUGUUUCCUUCAACAUAAAGGGGUGUAAAUAUCCUGAUGUACCGAAUAUCUACACUGACAUUUCGAAAAAUGCACGUUGGAUCAAAGCAAUGAUGAAGAAAAAUUAAACUUAAGAUUUUUGUGUUUACAGCACUUGCAAAUUAUGCUUAAUCAUACAAUACUGACCAGAUAAAAUUGUUUUGCUGAUGACUUGUCUCUGAAUUUUCACAAUUGCCACUUCUGUGCAUGCAAAUUGUUGUUUAUGAGAAAAAAUGCCUCAAAAUGCCCAUGCUUUUGUGUAUAUUAUGGGUUACAAUAAUAAUGCAUUUAUACACGACCCAGUAAAUCAGGGAUGGAUAGUACAUCAGAUGCCUGUGACUGAAUUUUGUUUUUUGAAAACAAAACUCUUUUCUCAGGGGGGAUUCUGGAGGGUGUGCAAUUAUGACGCAGUCGGUGUGGUUUCAUUCAAUGAGAAAGACAACUGUGACUCACCUAGUAAACCAAAUGUCUACACCAAGAUUUCCAAAUUUCUAAAAUGGAUAAAUGCUAUUCUUGAAGGUGUGAAAUAAAAACUUGAUGAAUAAACUUCAA